AUGCCGGACCCCGAUGUCCCGUCGGGGCUCGCCCGGCCCGGUUGCAUCCCGAUCACCAGCUGCCGCCCCAACCGAUUGAAGCAACAGCUGUUCUUGCUGCAUCUGCUGCUGCUGCUGCUGCUGCUGCUGCUGCUGCUGCUGCUGCUGCUGCAUCAACACAACAACAACGACAAUAGCGGCGGCAGCGGCGGCGGCGGCGGCGGCAGCGGCGGCGGCAUCAGCACCAGCACCAGCCCCAGCGGCGGCAACGGCAGCGGCAUCAGCGGCGGCAACGGCAGCGGCAUCAGCGUCAACACCAUCAACAGCAGCGGCAACAGCAUCAACACCAUCAACAGCAGCGGCAACAGCAUCAACACCAGCACCAACGCCAGCAACAGCAGCAUCAACGCCAGCAACAGCAGCGGCAACAGCAGCGGCAACAGCAGCGGCAACAGCAGCGACAACAGCAGCGGCAACAGCAGCGACAACACAAACAUGCGCAGCCCGCUUGCGGCCGUGUGCCUCCACGCGAGCCUCGUCCUGGUGGCCGCCCUCUGCCUGACCCAAGGCCUGACUCGGGCCAUGAUGCCGGCCUCGACUCCCGCCUUCAAGCAUGCCUACGGUGUGGGCUUCGCCAGCCCCCGUGCCGAGGCCAAUGCCCUCAUCCUGCAGGAGGGCGGCGUCCAUGCCCCACGGAACUCCCUCUUCCGGCGGUACUUCCGCCGCGGCCUGGACACCGACGGUGAUGGCUACUUCACGCCGGCCGACCUGCGGGCCUUCAUCGUGGACAACCUCCACAUGGAGGACACCGAUGAGGAGAUCGAGCCGGCCCUGCUGCUGGAGGCCUUCGCCGAGCUGGACACCGAUGGCGAUGGUCGGGUCAGCUUCGCCGAGUUCCGCGACCGGUUCCUCUGGCUGGCCGACGCCCAGGACAUCCCGGGUGGCCUGCUCGAAGUGCCGUAUGGCUCUCCCGAGGAGAUGCUUGCCCGGCCCAAUGGCGGCCACCUGCUGGAUGACGGGGACCUCUCGGGCGGCCGUCUGCCGAGCUCCUUUGCCAGCGCCUUCGACGGCCUGGCCCCGGAGGGCGUGCACCUGGCUUUCGGCGCCACUCCCGGAGAUAUGACCGUCAUCUGGACGACUUUCGCCUCCACCAAUGACACGAUCGUGCAGAUCGGCCAAACUCCCGGCCAGUACGGCCUCGAGUACACCGGCGAGGAGUACACCUACAACUCUGGUGUCACGGGCUGGGACGGCUUCCUGCACAAGGUUCGCGUCCAGGGCCUCCUCCCUGGGUCUCGCUACUACUACCGCGUGGGCUCCGGCGAUGUGAGCGAUCCGUCCUCCUGGAGCCAGGAGUUCACCUUCGAGACGAUGCCUCUGCCAGGCUCCACCGACCGCCCGAUGAAGUAUGCCCUCUACGGCGAUAUGGGCACGUUCAUGCCCUUCGGUGGCCAUGUCACCGAGGCUCUGGUCAAGUGGCAUGCCCGCGACCCCUUUGACAUGAUCCUCCAUGUGGGCGACAUCUCCUAUGCCGGAACCGGGUCCGACCGCGAAUGGCAGGGCAUUUGGGACAUCUUCGCUCGGCAGACCGAGCCCCUGGCCGCCAACAUUCCCUACAUGACCACCAUUGGCAAUCAUGAGAAGUAUGACAACUUCACCGCGUUCCGGGCUCGUUUCGAAAUGCCGGAGGGCAGCGACAACAGCGCGGCCGCGGCUGUUCCCGGCUUUUUCAACAGCUUUGACCAUGGCCUGGUGCACUUUGUGUCGGUCUGCUCGGAGCCCUACGCCUACGAGUAUGUUCCCGGCAGCCAGCAAUACCGCUGGCUCGAGGCGGAUCUGGCUCGGGCCAACACCCGCCGCCAUCUGGUCCCGUGGGUGGUGGUGUCGGUGCAUCGUCCCAUGUAUGGCACCGCCGAUGGGGGCCGCUGGACCGAGCUCCAGGCUGCCCUGGAGCCACUCCUGCGCAAGUACAAGGUCGACCUGCUGAUUGCCGGGCACAUGCAUUUGUAUGAGCGCACCCUGCCCGUGUACCAGGACACCCCGGUCAACCAGUACCCCGACCUGUCGGUCUACACCGACCCCCAGGCUCCGGUGCACCUGACCAUCGGUACCGCCGGUGCCAUGGUCCACGAUCGCUGGGAGACCAACCCCGAUUGGCUGGCCUUCCGCCAGCGGAGCUACGGCUUCGCCCAGAUGACCGUACACAGCGCCCACGAGUUGGAGGUGGUUUUCGUGUCGAACCAGGCCGAGGGCGAGGCCGAUCGCUUCUCCAUCGUCCGGACCGCCGGUGCCAACUGAAAGCCGGUGGCGCCCUUUGUCAACCUGAACAUUGGCACCUGGCCACUGUCCACACCUACCCCAGUCCCGUGGACGUGUGGCGCGCCCCGCCGCUGGCGGCCGCCGUGCUGUCCCAGCGCGCACACCCGCCCCCUUUUGUCUGCCCUUGG